UGUACAUGUCUUGUUCACUGGUAUUCCAUGCGUUCUUCAAUAUGCUCUUUCCCCUGUAGUGCCCUCCGCCAUAGCUGUCAACUCUACAGACACGCACAUCUACGCACGCAUAGUACAGCCUAAGAUACUUCGAGAUUGGGUUUCUGAUUUCUGCUUUCUGUACGAGAAAAAUGGAACUGCGGCUACCCCGACGGUAGUGUGCGACAAAAAUGAAUCAACUGUUCUGUCAGGCCUGGCAACAAAUACUUUGUACCGGAUCAGAGCAUUCUUCAAAACUACGAUCGGACACAAUAGCAGCAUGUCCUCCGAAAUCAAAAUUGGAACAUUGCCGAAAGCACCAAAUCCGCCUCUCAACCCCGUCAUCUCAAGUACUACUAUCACGGUGUUUCUAGGGCAAAUAGAAGAAGGCAACCUUCCCAUACGCCAGUAUUGUGUGCACGCAAUACCUGCUAAUGAUCUGUCCGGGAAUAUGCCAUUGGUACCAGUAUGCAGCGCCUCGAAAAAUGUCACCUUACCUGGCCUAAAACCCAACAUGAGCUAUAAUGUCACCGCCUAUGUUAGCAAUGCCUAUGGAGACAGUGACCAGUCCAGCUCCACUCGCAUUACCACGUUGCCCACAGACACAGUCGGCACCGUGGAUCCCAGCACUGGGGGGACCACCGUCUCGGUAGUCACCAAAGUGCCAUCUUCAACAACACCCCCAACCUCGGGCAAUGAAGCAAGCACCAGCGGGAUCAGUGUUGGAGGAUUCGUCGGCCUAGCUGUGGCAGGAGUCCUAACUGUAAUCCUGGCUGUAGCCAUGGCGGCCAACCGAAAAAGGAUUUCUCGCUGGUUCUCAUCGAAAGAUUUUACAGUUCCAGAAGAGAGGCCACAGGAAGCUGAUCCAAUUGAACUUAACCAGUACGAGGAUGUUCAACGCAAUGAUGAAGGAGAAGCCCACAGGCCGCAAGAUCACGAUGAACAGGCUGUUUCACAGGAGUAUUCCUACGCUGCAGUUGGUGAUCGUAUUAGAGACGAGAAACCUGCAGAAGCAGACACUCACGUGACGGCAGCAGAACACAGCCACGACAAUGAGACAGAGGCGACAGCGGCAUCGGGAGCGAGUGCACUGGAGUAUACCUAUGCCACGCCUGUUAGUCGUAAAAGAGACGUGAAACAUGCAGAGUUGGACACAGACGCACAGGGAGCGGAACACAGCGACAACCGCGAGGAACCAGCGACAGAAUUGGCCCAGUCCAAGAUUGGCUGUGAGAAUGUGUUGGGCGAGUUUUUGUCAACGUCUGAUGAUGAAACCAUUGAAAUCAAGUAUGCCGUUCUGGAUCGAACCGAAAUGAAGCCAACUUCGCAGUUAACAAGAAGCCAAGAUCCCAAGGAUGAAGAAGAGCGUGAGCAUACGUCAUAUGCGACAAUCUGCAACCCAACCUAUGAUGUUGCAGGAGAUCCCCCAUCAAACACUGCUGACGGAAUCAAAGCCGAACACACCUAUGAUGCCCCCGACAACCAUGGUGUUGUUCGUGACAGAAAGCAAGGUUGACGUAUCACCGCUUUCGACAUGAUUUCGAGUCACGACCAUUAGUUCAUUGCCACCUCUGAUCAACUCACUUGCAUGUUUCAAUCUCUCCCUACCACCACUCUCUUUUUUUCUCUUUAUUUUCUCCCCAACCAUCCUUCCCUGUAACCUAAUGACAUCUUUGCUGCCUUGCAAUUGAGCAUUUGUGCUCGUUUGGAUUAGCGAAUUCAACUAAAGUAUAAAAACAAACAAACAAACGACUAUUGCCCCCCCCCCGCCCCCCCCCCCCCCACCACCACGCCCCAAUCACUGAAUGACGUGUAAAUCUACCCCGUGCAGCGGUAUAACAUUUUAUGGAGAAAACCCCUAUUCAUGUAUCAGUGUAGAUGAAGUUUUUCUGGAAUGGCAUAUCAAAGCGACUUGUUAUAACUGUAAUCAUUUCUUUCCCACAACCAAGAUAAGAUUCAAAAACACUGUUUAGGAGCCUUGCAUUGUUCAUACUUUGAUUGAAUAUAAACUUUGCAUUAUUGUUAGUUUUGUUUAUCAGUUCACAGCCUUAACCAGAAGAUAGGUCUAGCUUUUGUCAGGGUGUGUGACAUGAUGCUUGCAGAUGAUCAUGUUUUAGCAGCACAGGAUUCUCUUUGUUCUGUAAUGAUAGAAACCCAUCUGUUCCCGAAGCUUAGCCAUACAGAUGUCAGGUUUUUGGCAUGGCAGUUUGUUGUAACCUCUUUUUGGUGAGAUUUCUCUGUAUGCUACUGAGGCUCGGACUGGUGAUCGGAUUAGCAUGUUUGCACUGCUCUGGACUAAAUGCCAUGUCGCUUUGUUCAAACUCUCGUGCUUUAUAAUACUGUAGAAGAAAUACUGCCUCUCGCAGCUUCAUUACACAUAAAACAAUUGCUGAUAAGCAACUCACCUAAACUCAACCCAGUAGUUAUUUCAACUCAUCAUUUUCGAUUUGUUUUCGCUAUAUAGUCUGUUUACAAAUUAUUAUUAUUAGCCUUCAGUCACACUGAAACAAGCACUGCAUUCUAACACGUAUUGCAGCAGUUGUUUCGGCGCCUCAGGUAUGUUG